CAUUAAGAUAUUUCUGUUGGCAGCCUACAUAAGAAGGAUCUUGGAAGCAUGAAGCAUAUUUGUUGUUUCUAGUUCAUUUGGAUGGAACAUUGUUGGACAAUGCUAACACUAUGAAAGCUAAAAAGGAGUUAUUCUCAACCACCGAUGUUCUUCAUAUAUUUAGACAGCUUUGUGCAGGACUCGAGCACAUGCACAAUUUAGAUCCACCAUAUGCUCAUAAUGAUGUCAAGCCUGGUAAUGUCCUCAUAACUCAUGGGAAAGGACAACCACCACUAGCCAUAUUGAUGGAUUUUGGCAGUGCUCGGCCUGCAAGGAGGCAGAUUCAAUCUCGUUCUGAGGCACUACAAUUGCAGGAAUGGGCAUCUGAGCAUUGUUCAACACCUUUUCGAGCUCCUGGGUUGUGGGAUUGUCCAAGUAAUGCAGAUAUCGAUGAGAGAGCUGAUAUUUGUUCAUUAGGAUGCACUUUAUAUGCGAAAAUGCGAUAAUGUCUUUUACCAUGUGAUU